UUUUCUUUUGUUACAGACUAGACCAACUCAAAAAAAUGGCAGUUUACCGAGAGUUGCCGCAAUCGUACCAAGAGAUGGCGCUGUUACACCCAUCAUGAAAGCCCCUGACAUUUUGAUAAAACAUUACAAGUUAUUUCAAUGUGAAGUGUUGUUCCGUGGUGUAUAUAAUUAUUUUAUAUGAUCGGUUCGAGUGAAAUGCGAGACGGGUCCAAACCUAGGCCUAGUGGCUCAACAACUGCCCAGGGUUUUGAUGAUGAAGGCUGUUCAGCACCAGAAGAGACGAAUGACGAGGAGUUGGCGUCACUGAAGAACAUCCUCCGGUUUCCUGAGGAGGUGGCUCUGAGGCUCACAGACACGGAGUACCAGCUCUUCUACCAGGUGCCUCCAAUCGACUACCUGCGUCAGGUGACCCUCGAUCUUGGCGGAGAAGGUGUCCUGGGAGCAGUCAGCGAGCGGCAUAUGAUCAGAAGAACAGCCCCGACACAGACCACCACUCCUUCUAGAAGCAGCGUUAAAGCAUUAAUCAGAAGAUUCAAUUCGGUCUCAGCGUGGGUCACAGAGCUGGUGCUGUCUCACCCAUCUCUUGAGGAUCGGAAGGCGGCCCUUGCGUGCGUCCUGAGAGUGGCCCUAACCUGUUGGAAUAUUGGAAACUUCAACGGCGCCAUGGAGAUCGUCGCAGGGUUAAAGUCCAACAAAUUAAAGUCCUUUUGGUUCAGUAUAUCGGACGAGCCUCUCCCAGCGCUGGACUUCCUGUCAGCUGCGUUACUAUCAGCCGAGUAUGAAAGGGCACUGGGCAGGGCACUGGCCAUGCCUGAAUGUCGACUUAUACCAUUUUUUGGAGCCUUUCUUAGGGAAUUAAGGGAGAUACUGGCGGCAUCCCCUUCUCUUACUGGGAGUCACUCUGUUGGAGGCACGCCGACGCAUAGAAGAGACUUUAAGAAGGAGUCUAUGAAAGAUGACAGAGGGUCAUUGAAGAAGGACUCCAGAAGAGAAAGCGGAAAGAGGAUGGACCAGAGCACAACCACCAGUCCACUUCGCGACAGCUGCAAACGCGACUCCAGACUUACAGACUCAAAUAAACAAGUGUAUAUAGCCUCAUUUGACGAGGAAGGGGAGCAGGCCCCCGGCUGGAGACGCGUGGGCCCCGAGGGUCUCAUCAACUUGGAGAAGGUGUACCGGACACAGGCCGUCAUGGAUCACAUCGCCAGCUUCCACCAGCACCAUCACGCGCUCGCCAGGAAUAAUGCCCCAAUCUUCGGAGAUUAUUUGAGAGCAGCAAUGCUCGCGUGCGAAGAGCCGGUGUUCACGCAGCCAACCUCCAAGACGAAUGGAGACUUUGAGAACGAAGCCCUGUACGAGUUGGAGGGCACCGGCUACUGUCCCGUGCAGCCGCUGCCUCACGACCACGGAGUCACCAUGUUUCCACUAGCACCGCAGAACGGGGAGAGGAUGGACAGGCAUAUUCUACAGAUUAUGCACCACGGUACCGCCUGCGUGGUGAUGGAGGCGGAGUGGGGCGGCGCGCUGGCGCAGCUGCGGCUGGAGCGGGCGUGCGCGCUGCUCGCCUGGUGCAGGACUGCGCAUCAGCCGCACUCACAGCAUGGAGAGACCCCAUCAGAAAGCGUGGCGCAGCCUGAAGUGAGUCUCUCGUACAACCCUGAGGAAGUCAUCCCUCUGAAGUACACCGCGAACCUCGCGCAUGAGAACGAAGCAGGCAUCGUCGGGGAGGAGGGCUUCAUCGAUCUCCAAUGCGUUAAAGACAUGCGUCUUGGCGGGAAGCUGUUAGAACCGCGGGACAUCGCCGAGCUGACAGCGUGCGCGCGCCGCCACGGACUCGAGACCUGUUCACACGGACCUCAUAUCAUAUCUCUUGUUUACGGACGGACCUUGAGCGAUAAUCGGACAGUCCAUUUUGUUCUACCGGCUUAUUCUUAUAGGGUAUGGGCAGUAGGCCUACACUCGGUCAUCAGGGCGUUGAUGAGCCAAGCGAAGUUGGCUGACCGGAGUCUCGCCUGGCUGAAGAAUAAGUACACAGCAUUAUAUUAUGAAGACGGAUGCUGCUGCGAGCCGCUCGUCUCCGAUGCAAUUAGAGUCUUUGGCGGCAGAGAGUCAACAUGCGGCAGUUCCUCUCAUUCCACUCCUGUCAAGGGCACUUACACGGACUCUCAUUCCGAUUCUCUCAGGAGUUCCGGUAUUAAAUUUAAGAAAAACAAGUCCACAUCGGAGUUGAAAACAAGCUCGCCAAAGAGUUUCGUAUCGACACACACGUCGGGGACGAGGAGUGAGGACGAAGUCAUACAGGGUUCACCACGACACAGCUCCUACUCCUCGUCCAUCAGUCACCACCACUCCUACGGGCCUCGACACAGCAGCCUAACUGCGGCCGCCACCAGCAUUAUGGCGGGGUCACCCAACAGGAGUAGCUUGCGAAGACUGGAAACCAGUGAAAGAUUUUGGGAGAACCUGAAACAUUUGAGAACGGGUUCCGUCGGCUACGACACGCAAUUAGACUUCAUGGAUUUCGUCACGCUUUUCAGGAGUUUCAGCCUUGUGAUGCGAUCAGAGCUAAGAGAUAUAUUCGAGCAGCUGGCAGUACCACGGAACAGGUCGCCUCUACUCGGAGCCGAGAAGAGCCGAAGCUCACCAGAGCUGUUUCGGAGCAGAGCAAUUUUUAGGACAGGUCUCCUAACAAGAAAUGGAUCACUAGAUUUAGAACCGCCAAGUGAUAAAGUUGGAAGAAAGAAAGCAUUUGACCUUCUAGCUGCUGCUGCAUUACCAGGAGCAUGUCCAGAUGUGAGUGGUCGUGUGCUAUCUCUGCCGACUCUCGGAAAGUUUUGCGAAACGAGACAGAAUGAAUUGAAGACAGAACAACAGCUGAGAGAUAUUAUACAGAGGCAUGAACCGGAUCCCACUCUCCGCGCGGACAACUGUCUUUCCUUCGAAGGCUUUGUCCGCUUCUUGACUGAUAAAGACAACUACGCGUUCGUUCCUGAGCAAAUGAGAGCGAAUAAUUUUAUUAGCAAAUCCUCAAGUUCUGAAGACGAGGAAGCCCAAAAGGCGAUCUCAAAGGACAUGAUGGGUCCUCUCAGCCAGUACUACAUAGCGAGCAGUCACAAUACCUACCUCACUGGACACCAGCUGAAGGGCGAGUCUUCAGUAGAACUGUACAGUCAGGUUCUCCUCACUGGAUGCAGGUGUGUGGAGCUGGACUGCUGGGACGGAGACGAUGGGAGUCCUGUCAUCUAUCACGGUCACACCUUUACAACGAAGAUACCUUUCAGAAGAGUCGUGGAGACUAUUGCCAGGAGUGCCUUCGUCACGUCGCCAUAUCCUCUCAUCUUGAGCAUUGAGAACCACUGCAGCUUGCCGCAGCAGCAGGUCAUGGCCAGCACUUUUGAGGCAGUUUUCGGAGACAAACUUGUGACGUCAUUCCUGUUUGAAGUCGACUACACGGACGAGCCGCGGCUGCCGAGCCCUGAGCAGCUCAAAUAUAAGGUCCUAAUAAAGAAUAAGAAGCUGCUGCCUAUAGAAUCCAGUCCUACGAUAGGUCUGACGGCUGCCAGUUCAGCGCAGGGCUAUGGCGGCGUGUUGUCAACAGCAUUCAGGGCCAACGGCAUCCGCCACACAUCCACGUCCCUCCCGGAGCAGAGCAACAGGACCAGCUCCAUCAUGUCCAACCAGUCGGCUGGCAGCUCCCUCACGGAGUACUUCUCAGAUGAGGACUAUGAUGAGGAUGAUGAGGAACUAGAUGAAAAAGAACUACACAAAAUCCUAAACUCGAUGGAAGACAAAUGCGGUCGGACCUCUCUCUCCCUCUACCAGAGCUUCAGAAGGAGUGAGGGAGACGCAGAGACUGCGUCCGGGAGCGUCAAGCACGCGACCAAUAGGAAGAGAAGCAAUCAGAUCGCGAGAGAACUUAGUGAUAUGGUCACUUAUGUACAGGCGAUAAAAUUCCGAGCAUUGAACCCACUAUCACCACGCAGCUCGAUCAAGCAGCCAAGCAGUGUGCCAAAGGAGAAUGCUCCAGGGAGCAGCUUCGAGUCGUCUGAGAGCAGUGACUCCGCUAGCACGCAGCUAGCUCAACAGCCCCGCGCUCGUUGCCUGAACGCGCCCGCAGUGCACCACCCCUGCUACCGCUGCUCCUCCGUCAACGAAGCCAUCGGGAAGAAGAUCUGCAGGAAACACCCCAUGGCUCUGAUCGGACACACAGAGACACAACUUGUAAGGACUUAUCCCGCCGGCCUAAGAAUUGACUCAUCAAACUUCGAUCCUGUGACCUUCUGGUCUUGCGGCGUGCAGCUAGUGGCACUGAACUAUCAGACGGAAGACGCGGCGAUGGCGGUCAACGCGGCCAUGUAUGAGAGCAACGGUUCUGCCGGCUAUGUGAGGAAACCUAGCGUGAUGUGGGACCCAGGCCAUAUCGCAUAUCGAAGGUUUAACCCUAUGGAUAAGGAGUUCGACGGCAUCCACGCCGCUCACCUGACCCUAGCAGUCAUAUCAGGACAGUAUGUGGCAGAAAACGUAUACUCUUUCUAUAACGCUUUCGUUGAAGUGGAGAUAUUAGGAGUCCCGGCUGACUGCAAGAAGAUCAGAACGAAAGUUGCGAGGAAAAACGCUUUGAACCCGAUUUGGAAUGAGACUUUUAAUUUUAAGAUCAACUUUCCGGAGCUGGCAUUUCUUCGUUUCGAUAUAUACGAUGCUGAUACAAACUACAUGCUGUCACAACGAGUUAUACCACUGCAGUGUCUGAGACCAGGAUACAGACAUGUUAGAUUAAGAUCACCAACAAACCAGCCUCUAAACAUGGCCUCUCUGCUCAUCUUCUCCCGCUGCUGUGAGGAGCUCGCCGGGGAGAGCUGUCGCGGAGAUCUGGAGCCCUCCUCCCCCCACGAGAGGAGGAAGAUACACUUCCUGGUGGUAUACGCGGUGGCGAGGCAUGAGCCUUACUCCAUACUGAAAGUGACCCAGGAUACCACAGCUAAUGAGGCCAUAGCCCAAUGCCUGACUAAAGCCGGCGUAUGCCGCUCAGCCCGCGGCAGCUACGUCCUGGUGGAGGAGGUGUCGUCCCGCGCGCCCACACAGCGCGUGCUGGCGCCGCACGAGCGCGUGCUGCGGGCCGCCAGCGCGCGCCCCGCCGCGAGACUGCUGCUCAAGAGGGUCGGGGACGACCCCAGUAGCAGGGCUUGGCUUACCAGCAUCAGGUCUACCUCGACUGACCGCAACCGUGACAAGUCUGUACCUUCAGAUGAGGAGUCCAGCACGCAGGAUGAUGAGCCACGGAAGCCACCUGACAGCUUCCUAGUUUGUGUGCAUAAUGUGUCUCAUGAGAUCCCUUACGCUAUACUCAAGGUCCCUCUUAGCGCUUCAGCAUCAUACGUCGUCUAUCAAGCUUUAACCAAGGCUCGGUGUCAUGAUGAUCCAAAGAGAUUCGUUCUCGUUGAAGAGUUGGAGUGGGGUGGUCGGGCUGGUACUGGUCCGCAGCAGAGGGCACUAGCUGAUGAUGAAGUGGUCUACGCAGCACAGGCUGGCUGGAAGACUUUAGGAAGGUUCGUUCUUCAGGAGAAAGGCAGUUCAGCACCAUUACCACGACACAGAGCUGCCAUAGCGAGGAUACAGAGAGGGCUCAGUAUGACGAGAGGAGCUAUUGCAGGUACGACUGGCUUUCCUCUGGGUGGGUUCGGCGCUGGAGAAACCAUCUCGGAGGGGAAGACUCCAGUGCAGACUGCGUACAGCGACCCCACGCAUUGCAGGAGAGUGUCAACGGCGCCUCUCGGUAAGGGCAUAGCGCGUGCGAAGGGCCACUCAGAUAAGGACAUGAGGAGUUACAUGCAAAAGAGAACGAGCACAAGAGAGGUGCACUCGGAGGGCGAGGGCGGCGGCUCGGGGGGUGCGGAGGCGCUGGCGGCGCAAGUGGCGCGCUUCAAGAGACUCUCUCUAAGGAAACUGCGCGCGUGGCGCUCCUGAGUGUGGCAGGUCUUCCGGCGGCUGGGCACCCGCCUGGCCAACCAUAGGGCUUCCCUGUCGUCCGAGCUGGGCUCCCUGUGGGACUUCCUGCGCAGCGACC